GAGUCCAGUGGUGUAAUGACAACCCAGGGCGCACCACGGACCACGGACUCAUAAUAAACAAUAACCAUGGACUUUAGAAGCAUCAAAUCCACGUGUAUUUUUACCGUAAUGUGCUAACACCCAGGUUUCAGAUCGGUAGCAUCGAUAUCUGCGUCUGUCUGUGCGUAAAUGGAUUCCGACGCACUGGAAUGACAAGCGCUUUGGACUGGAGACGCGAGAAAUAGCUGGGAUCCGUGCAAGUUUUCAGAUUUUUUUAUCCAACAAGACUCGCUUUAGAUUGAGUAUGUUGAAUGCGCUGAUGGAAGUGUAAAUCUGGAACAGAAGAAGGGAAGUUAACGCGGCGGUAGUGGUGGUAGUGUGGGAUUUUUUGGUUCCGCUAUUUGCGUCUUUUUGUCCGUGUUGAUUUUUCUUAAAUGUCACGGUAAAGGGACAGACUUGAUCGACCCGAUGAAAUGUGAAAAUGUGCGAGGCGGUUGUGUGAGGAUCAUGUCGAGUAAGAGUGCGGAGUGGCUACAGGAGGAGUUGGAGAAUGGAGCCGGAUCGCUGCUCCUUUUGGACUGCAGAGCGCACGAGCUUUACGAGUCCUCCCACAUUGAAUCAGCGAUAAACCUGGCGAUCCCGGGCCUCAUGCUUCGCCGGCUGAAGAAAGGCAACCUACCCAUCCGAUCCAUCAUCCCCAAUAACGAGGAUAAGGAGAAAUUUGUCAAGCGGUGCAAGACAGACGUGGUGGUCCUGUACGAUGAGGCUGCGUCUGAGCGGCAGGAGUCCGGGUUGGGGAGCUCCGUUCUGGGGCUGCUCCUGCACAAACUGCGGGACGAUGGAUGUAAAGCUUUUUACCUGGAGGGUGGCUUCAACAAGUUCCAGUCGGAAUACCCGGAACAUUGCGAGACCAACCUGGACUGCUCGUGUCCCAGCAGCUCUCCCCCAGCUUCGGUCCUGGGUCUGGGCGGUCUCCGGAUCAGCUCAGACUGUUCGGACGGAGAAUCAGAUCGAGAACCAGGAAGCGCCACUGAAUCGGAGGGCAGCCCGUUACCAAGCAACCAACCAGCAUUCCCGGUCCAAAUCCUGCCCUAUUUGUACCUGGGUUGUGCCAAAGACUCCGCCAACCUGGAUGUGCUCAGUAAAUAUAACAUCAAGUACAUCUUGAACGUGACACCGAAUCUGCCCAACAUGUUUGAACACGAAGGGGACUUUAAGUACAAGCAGAUCCCAAUCUCAGACCACUGGAGCCAGAACCUAUCCCAGUUUUUUCCAGAGGCCAUUUCAUUCAUUGACGAGGCUCGCUCCAAAAAGUGUGGCAUCCUAGUCCACUGCUUGGCCGGUAUCAGCCGCUCCGUCACCGUCACCGUGGCCUACCUGAUGCAAAAGCUCAACCUCUCCCUCAACGAUGCCUACGAUUUCGUCAAACGCAAAAAGUCCAACAUCUCUCCCAAUUUCAACUUCAUGGGCCAACUUUUGGAUUUUGAGCGAACUCUUGGCUUAAACAGUCCUUGCGACAACCACACAUCAACUCCGCCCCAUGACCAGCUGUUUUUCACCACGCCGACCAAUCACAACGUAUUUCAACUGGAUACGCUGGAGUCUACAUGAAAACCAAUUGAAUCUCACCUUAUGAAAAUAGGGUAUGGCUUUACUCAGAGUGGCUGCCUAUUAUAAAGGUAUACAAGGCAGUUUAGGUGAAUGUUUUGGUCUCUUGUAGCGUAUACGCUAAGAGGCUAGCAUCCAAAAGCGCCAUUGAAGGGAGAAGAUGCCAAGUUAAGAAGAAGAUUUUUAACCGAGAGAGAUGCUAAAAGGUUAUGGCCAUAUUUCCGGCCUAAGUUGACUACAAUAACUUACAAUAGACCAGUGGCUAUUGAAGACAUUGCAAAGCUUUAUAUACAGUAACAUGGGAUCAGCACUGCACAGGUUUUAAUGGACAUAAUAUUGUGUUUCUUGUAUAAAUUUGACUGGUGCCAAGUGGAGAAUCCAGGAUUUUAUGUCACUCUAUGGAAAAGUUUUUAAAAACCAAGGAAUUAACUCUCAUUAACGAUGUAUGUAUGUUUGUACUGUAUGUACUGAUGGUGCAUACUGUAGCAGUCCUUAACCAGUAUGUCGUUAUGCAUUUUUGUAACUUUUGCGUAUUUACACACAAAUCUUAUAUAUAACUACUCUAUAUAGUAUACUACAUAGAAGCUUAUCUUUGUCCAAAAGCGUUAAUCAAAUAAUGGCUUUCGAUUGUACCACUCAACAACAGUGGCAAGUCCAACAUCCCUAUAGUAGUAAAAGUGCAUAUGACAGGUUUUUAGGUUUUUCCAGUUAUUACUUGGUUGAGUGGGAUAGUACCUGUGGUAAAAGUUAAUCAUAGUGUUACAUCAGUUAAGUGGCAGUUUGUGUAAAAAGUUGAAAAGAUACAGGAAGUAGAAGUGAGCUCUAAAACAAAAUACCUCUACCUAUGUCGUAAAUAUGGAAAAUUCCAUCCAAAAUGCAGACUUUUUUUUGUUUAAUCAUAACUGUUGUGUCCUGGCGCUUGUUUACAUUAUGGUUGCUAAGUAACAGUCGUGUAAUUAGGUUUAUCUACUCCCCAUGUCCAACCAAGAAUUAAAAUGAUAAACUUCACCAAAAUCCUAAUACCUAGAACCUGUCAUAUGCACUUUAAACUAGAUUUUUUCAUCCAUUUUAGCUUAGUACUAUGACCUAAUGCGGUUUGCACAGUGCCAUUGACUUGUUGGCACUUGACGCGCAGAUAAAGAGGCGUUUGAGAGGAGUGGAGGAGAGGCCAGUCCCAAGCCGUGACGUGCCCAGACAGCUGCACUCGGAGGUGGGGAGGGAGCAGGAACAGCUCUGAGCACGACCAGCCACCAGCCACUGAGGAGAUGCGCCCAUAGGGUUAGUCACUAGAACUGACUAUUCAAGUGGAGAUGCCAAAUUUACAUGAUCGGAAACACUUAAGCAUUACUAAACACUGCUACAUCAGGUUUGAAGAUUAGAGCCUUUCUUUCAUUCACAAUGGGGAAGUUUCAACGUUGCAACACCAAGUACAAGAGCAGCUGUUAAUGUAUAUAAUGUUAAUCACAGUUUCAAAAAUAGACCUUUAGACUAAAUUUUACACCUACAUCUUGAACUAAACAUAAUUGCAGUGGUGGAACGUAACAAAGAAAAAGUAGUAAAGUACAGUACUUAAGUAUAAAUUGUAGGUAUCUGUACUUCACUUGAGUAGAUUUGACAGUGGAUACUUUUUACUUUCACUUCACUACAUUUGAGAGCAGAUAUCAAUAUUUUCAACCCCACUACAUUUUUGAACAGAACUGAAAAGUAAAAGUAUUUUUUAUGAUUGUUCAAGACCUGCUGAAAAAGCCAAGGGGUUUAUUUUUAACACGUUUAUAAUUUGAGCAAACAAAAAUAUUCAAAUAAAAACAGCUAGAAGAAACAAUCACUUCAGUUGUUUCAGUUGAUCAAAAUUACGCAUAAAUCUUUAUCAAAAUUAGUACAUUUGAAGCUGAAUCUGCGUGAAAUACUUAUACUUUUUACUCUUUAAGUACAUUUUUAAACAGGUACUUUAAUACUUUUCCUUAAGUAGAUUUUUUCAUGUCAUGUGUUUACUUUUACUUGAGUAUUUUUUCAUCUAUUAUCUGUGCUUUUACUAAAGUAACAAAACUGAGCACUUGUUCCACCACUGCAUACUUGAAAACACUUGUAUGAAAUCGUCCCUAUCUCGCAAGUGUUAAAAUAUAAUGUCCAGGGAAGUGUUUAUAUCCGUUCUUAUUUUAGCACAUUGUUGGAUUAGACAAGCAAUCCAUUUUAUUAUCGUAAGGAUGUGAACAGUUACUAUGCCUUACCCAAUUGCAGUGUGUAGUAAUGCCAAAGUGUUGUCAUAAUUACUCACCCAGUUUCUACUUCCUCCUUCCUGUCAUGUGACUGUUGCCCAACUUUGGACUGUUCCUUAUCACCAGCUCUUUACUGUCGGCAUAUGGCUUUUACUAAAUCAUCUUCCUUAUAGCUUAAACCCACUACUUUUUGCCAAAAUUACUCAACUAUGGCAAACUAGAUCCAAUUCCUCCCAAUUCGCCUGGCCCUAUACAUUUAUCUUAACAGCAACAGUAUUUUAUGUUGUAUUUUUUUCUUUUAAAUACUAUUUUGACCUUUUUCUAGUAGUUUAAUCUGGGACUGGUCUCGCUUUCUAUAGCUGCACUUAAAUUUCAUAAUUUCUUCAUUGCUUUGGCCAAAAAAAACUUAAUAUAUUUUUUCCUUCUUUUUAAAUGAAUCCCCAAAUUUUAUCCAAGAAAAUUGAGUUGAUCACCCUUAAGCCUUGGGUAUUACUAAACAUAGAUAUAUAUUGAAAAUGAAAUAUUUAUAUACUUUAUUCUAGAGCUAAUAGUAAAGAGAUCUAUCAUAUUUUGUAUACCUGAGCAUGCCAAGGUCCUGUGUGCUUUUUGGUACAUUUGAAUGGGUUGGCCAACAGCUAAAUCAAGAGAAAAAGACAGGUAAAGUUAGAUUUUUUUAGCAUAGCGAGUUUCUUCGACCCUAUUCUAGCACUUUGAAAUUAAUCAGUAUUUUCGAUAAGGAAAACAUUUGUCCUUUUACAUGGAUAAAUUGCAAUCACGAAUUUCCAGCACUUAAUUUGACAGAAGAGUAACUAGUAUCACUCAACAAGUCAAAGUAGAGUCGCCCUGUUUCACAAUGGUUAAGAUUUUGAAAUGAACCAUGGGAAAAAUGCUUUAUAAAUGACGCCACAAUGCCCUUAUACCUUACUACGGUGAAGAAUCCAAGUAACAUUUGCUCUUAUACUGACCCCUAGUGAUCGGAAUAAAUCAUCUGGCCCUAUCUCGCAAUGUCAAAUCGACAGUUCUCCAUUAUUUCAACAACAUAGGUUUUAUAUCCCGCUAAAACUAACGCCCACUGUGGAUUAUUUUGGCGUCUCUGGCACCGAAGAAAAACAUUUGAUUCAUUUGUUGAUUUACAUAAACAGCGUUAUUAAAUUGCAAUCACGAAUUUCGAGCACUUAAUUUGACAGAAGAGUAACUAGUAUCACUCAACUAGUCAACGUCGAUUAUCCCUGUUUCGCAAUGGUUACGAUUUUGAAGUGAACCAUGGGAAAAAUUCUUAAUAAAUGAAGCCACAAUGCCCUUAUACCUUACUAUUAUGAAGAUUCCACCUAACAUUUGCUCUUAUACUGACCCCUAGUGAUCAGAAUAAAUCAUCUGGCCCUAUCUCGCAAUGUUAAAUCGACAGUUCUCCAUUAUUUCAACAACAUAGGUUUUAAAUCCCGCUAAAACUAAUGCCCACUGUGGAUUAUUUUGGCGUCUAAGGCCCUUGUAAUGAUACAUAUAUAGUUCUAGAGAUCAGGUUUUAAUCUAAUCAUUCCUCUACUGACCCCCUUUGGCCGCGGUUAGUAAUGUUGACCCUAUCUUGCAAUUUCACCCAGUUUAAAAGAAGUUUAAAGAGGCAUUUUGUAAUUUUUCUGGUGCAACAUUUACCAACUCCAUGUCUCUGUAAAGAUAUUAUUGCUUUGCCUGAAAUGCUCCACGAUAUGGCAUUAAACACGUCUUUAUUCAACCACAGAUGUCUUCAUUUUAAAAACAUGCCUUGAAAAAUAUGCAUUCAAACUCUCCGACCUGUCUCCAUGGAAAUAGAUAAGUAUAAUGCCAUACUGUGUAACAACAGGCAAAGCAAUAGUGGUAUACCCUUCACUAGAAAAGUUACAUAGUGCACCUUUACAGUGUUAUAGCAAAAAAGCCAAACUAUUCACACAAAAACAUUCAAAUUAAAGCUGUAAUUUGAGUGAGGUCAAAAGGAAACUGAAGUGAGAUUUUUAAGGGAACAAACUGGAGUAGUGUUUGGUCAUAGCUGGCCUUAUAACUGUUCUUAUAACUGUUGACUGUUCACUAUAAACCUGUAAAAUGUAAAAUGUUUGUUGAAUAAGUCACGGGUCACACGAGGUCAGCUUUGUUACUCUGCAAUAUAUCCAAACUUUUACGCAGAAUUUUGUAGAUUUUUUUGUUUUUUGUUUGUACAAAUUUUCUGGAAAAGUAUAAAGGCUCUUACAGUUUGUGGACUGAUUUUUUUCCGUGUCCAAAGAAGAGCUGAUUCAAAGCAUGCCAUUGAUUCACAGGGAUGUACAAGGUGUGUCCAGGGAGGCAAGAAACAUUAUUUUGAUAUAUAUUUUAAUAUAUAAAUUUGCUCCAAGGUAUUUUUAUUUACCAUAUUAUACAAGGCUAGGGUUGUCAAAGAAAUGUCCACCCGAUACUAAUGGAUUUUAUUACAUAGUUUUGAUACUGUUAAUAUCAAAACCAACCAAAAUCACAGAAACACAAAACAACUGGGCAAUUACUGAAUAGUUUCUCCAAAAACCUGACCUGUAACUUGGCCAGGCAGCACCAUUCGCUUUUCUCCAUGGAGAUAGGUUUAAUGCCAUAUUGUGGAACAUCCUAAACGGAGCAAUAACAUCUCCGUAGAGGCAAGAAGGUGAUAGACGCUCCAUUAGAAAAGCUUUACUCUGCGUCUUUACUCAACAGACAUACAGUAUUAAGAUGGUAAAGCAAAGGCAAAGUCAUAUUUUUUCCCAAAUUCAACAUUAAAUUUUGAGUUAUUGACAAAAAAAAAAAUCUCAAAUGUCCAAUUCUUACUUUGUGGACACACCUCCUACUCUACCACAGAGGAAUCCAGAUGUUUUUGUCUUGUUUGGAUAUAAUGUGCUCUAUGCUAUUCCUGUGGCCUUUUGAAUAUAUAUCUAUUAUACAUGUUAUGACUUUAUAUGCAAAAGUUCCUCUCCUUUUAUAGCACCUGGGAUGGAGAAUAAUAAUAAUAAAAACACAUAGCUUGAAUGGACUAAACCAUCAGAAUCAUAUCACCAUCUUACAAUACAACACUGGGGUCUCGGUCAUUCACAACUUUGGAUUGAGAUUUCACAUUUUUGUACUGACCAAGUGGCCCAUCUUCAGUUGUUUUCUGGUGUUUUGUGUCUUUGUAAUAAUGAAAGAGAAAAUCUGUCUUUCUCUGUUUUGUAAAUUUGGUCGAUCAUGGGAACGGAGAGUUUCUGUGUCCUUAAACUUGUAGCUACACUUUGGUAAGAAUGUUUCACAGAGGAGUAUGUGGAGUUAAGGGUUUGGCGGUAACAAACUGCACACUGGACAGUUACAGUUCAAUUCAGAAAUACAAUGCAUUUUAUAUUCCUCAGUUUUAUUCAUAUUAACACAGAAACAACAUGAUACAGAAAGCUUGAAAAUAUCUUCAGUCUACCUGAAGUUUGUGUUCAUGUGCCUUUAUAGUAAAGACUAAAAUUGACCAGAAUUAAGAUAAUGAUCUUGAAAACUGUGUAUUGUUUCCUUUUUAAUGGUGCACUAUGUAACCUUUAUGAGGUUCACCAUCUGCUUAUCUCCGUGGAGAUGUUAUUGUUUGCAUGGAAGGUUCCACAGUAUUGCACUAAACUUAUCCAUCUUGUAUGUAUUCAGUUACACGUGUUUUUAUUGCUAAAAAAUACCUUAAAGAACAUGCAUUCAUACUGGGCAGUGUUGCCUCUCCACAGAUCUGACCUGUAACUUGGCCUUGUGGCGUCAAUUCCUGUCUCCAUGGAAACAGAUAUGUUUAAUGUCAUACCGUGGAACAUUCUUGGCAACUCAAAAGAUCUUCAAGGAGAAAAGCAGGUGGCAGACCCUUUACUGAUAAAGUUACAGAGUGCAGCUUUAAUGUAUCCUGAAACACAAACAUUUCCAAAAUAUUCCAAAUGUUAAAUUCUCCAUGUCAUAAUACAGAACAUUUUUUGACCAAAAGAUGAGUUGGGAUUUGGGAAGAACCAGUGAAAUAGUAGAUGGAGCUGGUGUCAGUGUGCGUGUGUGUUAUCGUCCAGCCCUGAGGACGUGUAUAAGGGACGGUGCAGAGCAGGAGCGUGGAGUGAAUGAUUAAAACGUUACCUCAGUGAGGAAAUUUUCAGGGAUUUUUUUGACAAUGCAUCUUUCUUGCAUUAUGUUACAGCUUCAGACUCUGGUUGAAUCGCUGUUUUGUAUUGUGCUGUAAACAGUUUUUAAAAAUGCAAUCUGUCUGUGUAAAAUAUGAGGCAUGAUAAACCAGGGCAGUUCUGUGACUGAACCAAUACGAUUGUCCCCAUGUAUUGUACAGUACAUGAAUACACAUGUUUAUACUGCAAAUAAAUAUUGAUAUUUUUUUCUUUAA